AUGGAGACCCAGAGGAGCCGCCUGUGCUGGGGGUGCUGGCCGCUGCUGCUGUUGCUGCUGGGCCUGGCCAUGCCCACGCCUCUGGCCGCCGCCCGGGCCCUGACCUACCAGGAGGCCGUGCGCCUGGCUGUGCAGGGCUUCAACCAGCGCUCCCGGGAGGCCAGCCUCUACCGCCUCCUGCAGCAGGACCUGCAGCCCCAGGGCGACCUGAACCCAGACACCCCGAAGCCCGUGAGUUUCACCGUGAAGGAGACUGUGUGCCCCAGGACGACGCGGCAGCCCCCCGAGCAGUGUGACUUCAAGGAGAACGGGCUGGUGAAGGAGUGCGCGGGGACCCUCACCCUGGACCAGGACAACGGCUACUUUGACGUCGUCUGCGAGGAGAUCAAGAACGUCUUGAACCCGUUGAUUAAGGCGGGCAUAUUCAUUUUGAAACAUAGACGCCCGAUUGGGAGAGGGAUCGAGAUCACUGGCAGGGGAAUCAAGAAGUUUUUCUCCAAAUGAUCCCCUGAGCAAGAGCCCUGAGUUCUGUUUGGCCCUGGCCCCGGCCUCUGCGCUCUGACCAAUAAAAUCUGGGAAAGCCACCUCCUCAGGCCUCAGUGUCACCUGCGUCGCCUUCUCUCGCUCCCGCAGUGAAGCCCGUGCGGC